AUGGAGCGGUUAGACCGGGGUUUGGCUUUCCUCCGAGGCGAAGCAUUUCACAGAAAUGAGGACGGCAAACUCGCCGUCUUAAUAGCCACGGUCGGAAAUGGGUCCGUCGUUUUCAAGCAAGAAUCGAAGUCGAUCUUCGAGCGGUCCCGGCGCCUCGCAGACGAGUGUGCAGGCUCCCGUCGGCUUCGAUUUCACACUGAUUUCAUCCCAGAGGACCGUAUUGCUGUCUACCCCUACUUCAUAGACGGCCUUCUUGGAUUGAUGCGGGCCGACCCCAACUUUCCUCCUGCAGAACUGAAAAAGACCCUGCGGCACGUAGGCGAGGCAAUCCACGAAUUUCAUGCCCAAGGCUGGCUCCAUUUCGAUGUAAAACCGGACAACAUUUUGGUCAAUUGGACCUGUGACGAAGAGGGGAACAAAACAGUUGCAGGUGCGGGCCUGGGCGAUUUUGGCAUUGCUUACCAGCUGGUAGGAGCACCGCCACUUCGGACAAGGGUUGCUCUAGGAAACUUCAUGUGGCGAAGCUCAGGAGGACAGACCGGAAGUGGUAUAACAAAGGCGUCCGGCAUGUUCUCGUAUGGACAGGUGUGCAUAUAUGCUCUCGGGGGUGGAGACCUCUUGCUCUUGGAGGAUAAGAAGGUACUAGCGGAGCUCGCGGCGCUUGGUAUAACGCCACGAGAAGACAUUCUGACCCGACACUUUACCUAUUUUGGGCCCGUCAACGAAGGGCUCCUCAAACAGGUCGAUAGUCGCGAGCAUGGCACUUUGAAGAAAGCGGCAGCAACUGCUUGGCUUGCAGUGAAGAACCAACCUGAACUACGGUUCGAGGUGUGGGGGAAGGAGCUUGGUGAAGCUGCAUUAGAUAUGAUAUCUGGAAUGACAAAGCCGGACCCGACGGCUGCUAGACUAACCAUCGACCAAGUUUUGAGGUGCCCAUGGUGGCAAGAGCCUUAA